AUGUAUCUGGAUUGUUUUGACAACCCUUUAAACACCGAGUACAUCCCAGAUCAAGUGUUCCAACAACUUCCUACCAUCCUUUCUGACUAUUCAAACUUGUUGGAAGUGUCCAACCUCAUCUGUUCAAAACACUCAAUUAAAAAGAUAUUUGACGCCUUCAUUACAGAAACUAAUAUCGCCGUCUGUUUCGUCAUCGCAAAACACCAAUCGGAAAUACGAUUACUUGACACCUUAGACAAUUACUACGAGUAUCAGCUUUUCAAAAUCGAGAUCAUUGAGGCCCAGCAUGACUCUGAUAUUACAGAUUCCGUCCAAUACAUAAAAUUCAAAGCCAUUGACCAGUUGGAUCUAAGUGAUGUCAACGAGAAAGGAUACCCAGUUAUCGUGGUGGAAAACGAGGACGAGUACGUUCAAAACACUGCAAAAUCAAACAAAUACUCAGAUGUGAACUCAGACAACGAUGGAACAUAUAGGGUCAAAGAAUUAUUCAGCAUUAUCAAUGAACCAAAAAAGAAAAACCCUGAUUUAAACGUCGUCGACAACAGCAAGAAAAACCAGGAUCAAGAAAAAACACCAAUUUUCAAUUCAGACCAAAAGGAAGAUAUUUAUAACUUAUUAGACCCUGAAGAUCACUCAGACUUGACCAUCAAAGUUUCAGAAACUUUAUCAGACUAUGAAAACAAGGAAAUUUUGGAAAAUGGAGUUGCAGAUAAGGAUAGUAUAAAGAGUGGCUUUGAUAAUAUCGAAAGUGGUUUCAAUAAUAUGGAAUAUGUUUUUGAUGAUGGAUAUGUCACCGCACAAGAAGCCGACCACAAUGCCACACCUUAUGAGCUUGAAAAUCCAAAGGAGGAUGUUUUUUAUUUCACUGAUCGAAGAAAGGGAAGCGAAAAGUCUGUCAGUGAAUAUGAAUCUGCUUUCGAAGAUACAACUCCCCUCAUCAAUGCUGCAACUCAUAAUCCAUUAUAUAAUCAUGAUGAUGAUUUAUUAUUGAUUAUCCCAACCUCGACCCCCAAUUUCCCGAAGUCCCAAAUUAGAAAUUUGAAAAUCAUAAACCCGAUCAUAAAGCAAGCUAUCCUUCAGCUUUUUGCCAACUAUUCCCCGCAAAAUACUGCUAGUGACAAUAAUGGUAUUGUUAUUGGUUUAUUCUUUAUUAAGGACCCAAAUUUCGAUACCAAUAAUCUCAUCAAAUCUUCCAAAGAUGUUCAUGAGGUUGGUGUCCGCGGUAGAAUUGUGUCUUACAACAUUUUCAAUGACUUAUCAAAAUCGGUUAUGGGAGGCUCAAAUUUAGUGGACUCGGAAGUUUUGAUGUUGAAUAUUGAAGUUGUUGAUCGUAUCAGAAUUACUGAUUUAUAUUUACCCGAAUUUCUCGUUAACCAACAAGAACACUCUAAAGACUUUGAACUUGAUCUUCGAAAGUUGGAAGGGAUAAACCUUGAUCAGCUUGUGACUUUUGCUAAAAUUCAACGUUUCCGAUAUGAUGAUUUCAUGCCAAUUAAUGGUCCUUAUGGCCAUUUGAAUUUAAUGAACACUGCUGGAGGAUUGACUAUCGUUAACGAUGAGUCACUUCAAAUAAUCAGGAAAUAUUCCACGAGUUCUUUGAGUACAUUGAGAAAAUUGUUGAAAGUAAUGCAAAGUGACUUGAAAACAUCUAAUAAGACUUAUGAUACUCUGAAAAUAAUAAUUAGUGAAGCUUCCUGGACCCAAUUCCGAGACAGUUUUGAAACCUCAUUUGAAUUGAUAUUUGCUCAUUUCGAGUCAUUCAAGAUUCAAUAUAGCCAACAUAACAUUCUUCAAUUCUUUAAAUGUGGAGAAGACCCUAUACAAUUAAUUAUUUUCAAAAUGCAAUUUUUGGUCGAAGUUUUGAAACAGUUUGUGGAAUUGAAAUGGAAUUUCUGCACUAAAUGGCAAGACCUAGAGAAUGAAAAUAUUGCUGCUACUCCUGAACCACAAAAGUCAAAAACUGACGCUGCUGAUUAUAUGAAAUUCCUAAGUGUUCAUUCCGAGAAAGAUACUUAUUACAAUUAUUAUGAUUUGAAAUUCCAAGAGUUGUUGGACUGCAAAACUUUCCAAAGAAUGGCAAAGUUGAUCUACAAAAUGUUUAGACUUGAGGUUUGGUUUUUACAAAACCAUGUCUUUUCUGAUGAUCGUAAUACGGGCAAAGUUAAUGAUGAAAAUCCAACUUCUGGUGGUAGAUCUAGUGAUGAUACAAUAGACGAUGUUGAGAAAUCCCAUAAAUAUCCUAAUGAUGAAAAAUAUCAUGGGAACCCUGAUCUUUUCUAUAUUGAAAACUUCGAUCAAUAUUUUUAUGAAGCCUUUGAUAAUGAUGAUGUUGCCUAUCAAUAUAAUGAUGAUCUAUAUCAGUCAGCAGCAGCAUCACCACACCAUCAAUUUUAUCCAUUCAAUGAUCAUAGUCCACAAAAUGCAUCAUCUUCUCCGGCGGUGAAUGAAAUUAACAAGAAUAAUAAUAACAAUAAGAGAUCAAACAAAUAUAAAAGGCAUUCACAACCGCAAUGUCGUGGCUCAUCCCCGCCUAUCAAAGAAUCUCACAAACGUGAUUCUGGUCUAGAUCCUUUACCACAUCAUGAAUAUUCUGGGAAACAUAAACCACGUUCUCAAAAUAGAUUGAAAAUUCCGACGCCUUCUAGAAUCUUCCGUCAAUCUCCAACAUCACCACCAAACCAAUCGCCUCUGAAUGUUUCUUAUCAGCAAUCAUCAAAUGAGAAAGCUUCUCCAUUUACCGCCAAUGAUAAAAGCUCAUAUUUUCAAUCCCAAUCUUCUAGACCUCCACUUCGUGAAAGUUCUAGCACUUCUCGUUUCUAUCCUCAAAAAAUGGCAUCCAAGGAAAAACUGGGAAAAUCCCAGAAUCGGAGAAGCAAAAGCUAUUUCAAUCUCGGAGGUUUAUUGAAUGCUAAUAGAAGAAAUCUCAAUCACAAUAACCAGACUGGGAACUGA